AUGCAGCAGCAGGCGACGGGCGAGUCGCCGGUGCCCGCGGCCGGGCCGGCGGCCGAGGUGGCGGAGUUGCUGCCCUUCCUGGCGCCCGACGCGCGGUCUGACCUGCGGGCGGCGGCGGCGCAGCACGUGCUGGCGCUCACCGGCUCGGCGGCGGGCCGCGCGCUGCUGGCCGCACGCGCCGCGGGGCUGCGGGCGCUGCUCGCGCUGGCGGCCGCCCCGGCCCCGGCGCCGGCCCGCGACGCCCUGCGUGCGCUCGUCAACCUGGCGGCCGAGCCCGGCCUGCACGAGCCGCUGCUGGCGGCCGAGCCCGGAUGGCCGGCCCAGCUGCUGGGCCGCACGCUGGACCCCCAGUGGCCCUGGGCCGAGGAGGCGGCCGCCGUGCUGGCCAACCUCAGCCGCGAGCCGGCGCCGUGUGCCGAGCUGCUGACGGCGCUGGCGGCGGCCGGGCCCGGGGAGUCGGGCCUGGAGCGACUGGUGCGCGCGCUGUGCACCCCGGGGUACAACGCCCGCGCGCCCUUGCACUACCUGGGUCCGCUGCUCUCCAACCUGAGCCAGCAGCCCGCGGCGCGCGCCUUCCUGCUCGACCCGGCCAGGUGCGUGGUCCAGCGGCUGCUGCCCCUCACCCAAUACCCCGAUUCCUCAGUGCGGAGGGGCGGGGUGGUGGGGACCCUGCGCAACUGCUGCUUUGAGCACCGGCACCAUGAGUGGUUGCUGGGGCCCGAGGUGGACAUCCUCCCAUUCCUGCUGCUGCCCUUGGCGGGGCCUGAGGACUUCUCUGAGGAGGAGAUGGAGCGGCUGCCUGUGGACCUGCAGUACUUGCCCCCGGACAAGCUGCGCGAGCCGGAUGCUGACAUCCGCAAGAUGCUUAUUGAGGCAGUCAUGCUGCUGACAGCUACAGCCCCUGGUCGGCAGCAGGUGAGAGACCAGGGGGCCUAUUUGAUUCUUCGGGAGCUGCACAGCUGGGAGCCAGAGCCUGACGUGCGGUCAGCCUGUGAGAAGCUCAUCCAGGUGCUUAUUGGGGACGAGCCUGAGCGUGGCAUGGAGAACCUAUUGGAGGUGCAGGUGCCCGAGGAUGUGGAGCAGCAGCUGCAGCAGCUGGACCUUCAGGAGCAAGCACAGUGGGAGCAGAAGCCUGGGGAGCAGCAGCUGGCUCCCGGGCCAUCAGCAGAGGGCAGCAGGCCCCCUAACUGAGCUCUGUGGGCCUCAGGGCCUGUUGGGGCUGUGCUGAGAGGCAGCCCCUGGACUUCCAGUGGACCCAGGGCCUGGGCGUGGGUGCCAGUGAGCGGGGGCAGGCUGGGAUGCCUCCUUCACCCUUUGGCCGCCAGCAGAAGGGAAGCUGCCACAGAUGCACGGCAAUCCUGAGAGGCCAUGGGAGCUUCUCAGCCCGAGUGGCUGUCGGGUCAGGGCAUAGGCAGGCAAGGUUUAUGUGAGGGCCCCACCGUUGGGGCCUGCCCAGCUGUCCCGCCGGCCCAGCCUCACACCGACCACAGCCUUUCCUGACAUGGCCCUGGGUGCUGGCCAUCUCUCAGCCUCCACCUUUUUGCCUGACCUGACUCUUGGCUCCAGACCCCUGACCUCUACACAGAAGCCUUCCCGAACCCUGCAGCCUGCUGUUCCCCAAGACCUCCCAUCAAUCCGCUCCCAGCCCUUUUGAUCUCACGAACCUGCUCUCAUCAACUCCUGUUGUGUGGCUUCCAGCUGUGCAGCUGCUGAGUUCUGCUCUCAGACCCAAAUGACACCAGCCUUGGUACAGAACCAGUGUGGCCCUGCUGCUGGAGGAGCUUGUGUCCCGGGCCUUCUCAGCACCCGCUGCCUAGCUCCCCUGGGUGCUGGGUGUCUCCUGCCUGGCAAUAUUUGAUGGUGUUUUCCCUGUUGCCCUCCCUGAGGUGAACUGCAUCUCCACACAAUAAAUG